AGCUCACUGAGCGCGACGCGUCGCCAUACUCGUCCGUCUGGAGCUGGCAAAACUGCGUGUGUGCUUGUUCUCGAUCGCUGCGAGACGCAGACGCAGCAAAAUCGCACCGCUAAGGGCUCUAUGCAGCUCACACAAAUCUACCCCUGACCAUGCGCGGCGCGCUCUUCAGCGCAUUCGUGGUCCACGCCCUGGCCUUGUCCGCACGGCGGCGGCCGUGCCUCCUGCGCUCACCAACACUCGUCCGCGCCGCCGCGGCGAGCGGGCGGCGGCCGUGCCACCUGCGCUCACCAACACGCCUCCGCGCCGCCGCGGCGAGCGACGAUAAUGGAGCUCAAGCCGUGGUCAGGGCGGCCGCCGUCGCCGGCCUCGACCGCGUCCAAGCCUUCGCGCGAGCGCACUGCGCCCGCCUCGCGGGCGACACACCACAAAAGCCGGAACUAGCCAAGGGGCAGGAGUGCGACGUGCCGUUCCCGGGGCUGCGCGCCACGCCCUGGCACGCGACGGAAGAGUUGGGCUGGGUCGCACGUCUGGAGGAGGAUUGGAGAGAAGCGCGGGACGAGCUGACGGCCUUCCUGGCGCUGCUGGACGAAGGCGGUUUUGUGAAGCCGGAGACGGCGCUCUGCCCCGAGACGGGCCGCUUCGAGAAGCUGGUAUUGUGCGAGGACGGGAGCCGAGCGAUUGAGACGGCGACGCGCGUCGGCCGCGACCAUUUUGCGAGGACGCUCGCGCUGCUGCGGGUGAGCGGUGCGCCGCUCGGCCCGGCGCCCGUCAGCAUGAAUAGGCAGCCUGCGGGCUCGGGGCUGCCGCCGCACUCGGACAACGCGAACUUUCUGUUGACGGGCCACCUCGGCCUCGUCGUGCCUGAUGGUGUUUGCGAGUUUGUGAUGGUGGAGUCGACCACGCGGCGGUGGCGCGAGGGUCAUGUAUUACUCGCGGACACGUCCUUCGUGCACGCGACGCGCAACGAUUGUGAAGCGGACCGCGUCGUGCUCCACUUCACGGUCUGGCAUCCCGACCUCGCCGCGGCGGAGCGGGACGGCAUCGUCCGCCUGCACGGGGCGCUGCGCGCGGCCGGGGGAUAGUUUUUUUGUUAAGUUUAUGUGAGC